UUUAGAGGUGUGGCCCUUUUGCCUGGAAACUGACGUAUAUACAAUAUGCGGGCGGGGGGACUGUAGCCUUUAAAACAUCUCGAGUCUUCUCAAUCUUUUUCACAGACGGUGGUCUGUCUGUCAGACUCGGCUUGCUUCAUCUUUCAAUCUCCCUCACUUCUCUCUCCCCCUUUCUCAUUGUUGGAUUACUUAGCCUAUCUACUAGAUCAGUAAACAUGGCAACGCUGAGAGCUCUGAGAAAAUUAUGCCAGCAAUCGCAGCAUCAAGUGUGUAGUCUACAUAUGUCAGCAUCAAGACAGGAAGCAGUGGUCAUCUCAGGCAGGAAGUUGGCCCGUCAGAUCCGGGAGGAGGCCAGGGCCGAUGUUGAACAGUGGGUCUCCACUGGCAAUCGGAGACCCCACCUGAGCGUGGUCCUUGUAGGAGAUCAUGCAGCCAGUCACUCUUACGUCCUGAAUAAGACCCGAGCUGCAGCUGAUGUUGGUAUCAGCAGUGAGACCAUCCUGAAGCCCUCCUGUAUCUCUGAGGAGGAACUCAUGGACCUGAUCUACAAACUCAACACCGACCACAGGGUGGACGGCCUGCUGGUGCAGCUGCCUCUGCCAGAACACAUUGACGAGCGGCGCGUCUGUAAUGCUGUGUUCCCUGGCAAGGAUGUGGAUGGCUUCCACGUGGUCAAUGUGGGCCGCAUGUGCCUGGACCAGUCCACCAUGCUGCCCGCCACUCCUUGGGGAGUCUGGGAAAUCAUCAAACGCACAGGAAUUCCUACCCUUGGGAAGAAUGUUGUGGUGGCGGGACGCUCCAAGAAUGUGGGCAUGCCCAUUGCCAUGUUGCUGCAUUCAGAUGGGCGUCAUGAGAGGCCUGGGGGUGAUGCCACAGUCACCAUCUCUCACCGUUACACACCAAAGGAACAGCUCCGUCAGCACACAAGAAUUGCAGACAUCGUUGUUGCUGCUGCAGGGAUUCCAAACCUCAUCACUGCAGACAUGAUCAAAGAAGGAGCAGCCGUCAUUGAUGUUGGAAUAAACAGAGUGCAUGACCCUCUGACUGGCAAGGACAGACUUGUAGGGGAUGUGGACUUUGAAGGUGUGAGGCAAAAGGCUAGCUUCAUUACCCCAGUGCCUGGAGGAGUAGGACCCAUGACAGUGGCCAUGCUUAUGAAGAACACCAUCAAGGCAGCUAAGAACCUCCUGCUGACUCCCUCUGAGAGGAUCCGCAUGGUAGCCUCUUCAUAACAGGCCAUGCCUAACCCUGUCAACAGUGACACAUUCCAUUCCCGCCACCCCUCCCCUUUUAACACUGAGCAACUCAGCAAACUCCCUUGCACACAGACAUGGAUGGAAAUGUGAUAGCUUUAAGGUUGCUGGUACCUUACACUUACAUAACCUCUACCCGCCAUUUCAGAAUGUUACAACUCACCCAUGCAGCUACUACAUAUUUAUUUUUUGCUAGACUUAUUUUUUCUCAUGUCCUUUUUAUGAGACCUUUUGGUUUUACGUGAAUUUGAACUACCCGUGUGUUUAUUUAUUUCAAUGCAUUCAUUUAUCAAAUAUGUCAAAAGCAUACAAAAUUUCAAGGUGAACCAGUCAAUUUCAAUUAGCAAAAAAUAGACCGUUACAUAGAUAUACUAUUAAAUGAAUUAUAACAUCCUUAUUCUAUGGGCAGUUUUGUCUAUCUCCCAUCUCUACAAUACCCUUUAGAUCAGGGAUGGGCAACUUUGAUGGGGGUGGGGGCCACAAAUAAAUCUGCUCAUCACGAGGGGCCGCAUUUGAUUGCGAGUCUGCGUACCCACAUCUAACCACCACCAAAAUGAUAAGUUUAGAUUGCUUAAGUUUGUUUAAUGGCUUGCUAUCUAAUCAAUUUUAGAUGACUUCACUGACUAACUUCACUGACAUAAGGGAACUGCUGAUGCACAACCAAAUUUCAAAAUGUACCUUAUGUAUUCUCAGUGCUUGACUUGGGCAGGAGCUCACCAGAGCUGAGCACUGACACCUUAAAUGUUCGACUGCUUAAGCUCCUGUUCCUCUUAGAAUAUUAGCUCAAAACUAUUGUGGAGCUCCUGCUCCUAAAUAUAAACAGUACCGGCACCCAAAAUGAACCGGCACCUAUUUUAGUCCAAGUCAUACAAUGUGCAUUUUACUAUUCUAACUCGCAACAGUAAGUAGAAAAUAAAUAAAAGGCCAUUCCUGCUUUAGGUCACACAAGCACUGUGAGCUAAGUGGGUUAAGGGCUAGUUAUGAAAUGUCAGCAACAAUCAAGUCUGUUAAACACCAUAACAUUAACAUUUGUUUUCAAAAAUGCCUUUGUAAAAAUUAUUUUGAAAUAAAAUGUUAUUGCAAAUG